AUGAGUUUCCUCGAUUCUGUUCUCUCGUCUCUCCAGACGGGUAAGCCUUCUCAACCCCCACUGUCUCAGGCGCCUACCUCACCUGCGCCUGCUUCGAUCCCUAAAAAGGAGGAUCGAAAACCGACAGCUGUGCGACGGGCGCCUCCAACUAGCGGGAAUGCCAGUGGAGGGAUUAAGCGCAAAGCUGAGGAUCAGCUGCCUCGCCUACCAAAACCUGAAAGCAAAGUGACAAAUGCCCCCGCUGCAACGAAGUCCACGCUCGCCACGAGGCCAGCGGUAUCAUCAGCACCACCCAGAGCUGUGCCCAAGCCUGUCCCGACCAUCACCUCCAGGCCAGCCCUGCCUAAGCCCACCCCCAAACCCAGCUUGUCUGCGGCCUCAAAAGUGACAGCCUCACAGAAGGAGUCCACCCCUAAACCCACAUCGGCCGGCGCUGCCACAAGCUCAAAGCCGCCACCAAAGGGAUCAUUUGCGGAGAUCAUGGCGCAGGCAAAGGCUAAGCAAGAGACGGCGCCUGUGGGAGUAGGCUUGCUACGACACCAAGCCGGUCCCAAAGAAAGACUCACUAAAGUGGAGCGCAAGCGGCGCAUGAUGGAAAUGCAAGCCAAAGAAAAAGAAGCGCGUGUGGGAAGGAAGGCUGGAUCGGGCGUUUCUGCGAAGGGUAAACCUGCUGUCCGCCAGCGCGAUUCCGAAGGUCCCUCAUAUAAGGGCACGGCCAAACCGACACAGACUCCCGAGCCGCCUGCCUACCGUGGAACUGCAGGCCUGCCCUCAAGCCGUGGUGGAAGUGACCGUCGACACCAGUCUCGCAAUUCCCGACAAAACGAAUAUCUCGGAACUGACGAAGAAGAUGAGGGCGACCUCGGUGGCUACGACGAUUACUACUCCGAUGCGUCGUCCGACAUGGAGGCUGGAAUGGACGAUGUGGACCGUGAAGAGGCGGCUGCGUUGGCAUUUGCCAAACAGGAGGACGAGAAAGAGCUGCGGCAAGAAAUGGCGGCUAAGAAAGAGAAGUUGGAGCGCCAGCGGAAAUUGGCUGCUCUUGCUUCCAGGAGCAAGCGUUGA